AUGGCGGCACCGCAAGUCAAACCAGAGGUAGGGGAUUCUCCAGAGGCGACGAGACAAGGCGUUCUGCUCCCCUCUGCCUCUGAGGAAGCGGCUGCGAAUGGGUCGAGCUCUCCGAGGCUUGUCCCCAUCAAACGCGAGGGGAAGCAGCGCUAUCGGCAGUGCGACGCGUUCUUGGGAGAGGGGACUUACGGGCGUGUGGAGAAGGCAGAAGAUUUGCGAACUCAUCAGAUUGUCGCAAUCAAGAAGGUGAAGGCGAGUGCGGGGAGUCUCUUCGCCUCCGGAGACAGCGGGAGUGUGGGGUCUGGAGAGAAGACGCGAGCUCAGCUGCUGCGGCAGAAUGUGGGGAGCGUCGGACUGCACUUUACCACGGUUCGAGAGCUGAAAGUGAUGCGAGAAAUCGAGGAGGAGAACGUGAUGGGGGUCGUCGAUGUGUUUGUCGAGCAGGACUUCAUUUGCCUCGUGAUGGAACUCAUGCACGGCGACCUGAAGAAGCUGGUCGACAGCAAGACCCGCCUCGCGAUCCAACAUGUCAAGUGCAUCAUGCUUCAGAUUUUGCGCGGACUGCAUGCGCUGCACAAGCGAUACAUCGUUCACAGAGACCUGGCCCCCGCGAACGUCUUCAUCAACGACCAGGGCAUCUGCAAGGUCGCCGACUUUGGUCUCUCCCGGUGCUUCGGCUGCCCCGUCGUCUCGGGAACUCUGUCGAAGCAGGAGCAGAGCAAAGGCGAGACCUCGCAGCCAGGCAAAGAAAGUUCAGUCGAGUCGGCCAGCAAAACGGCGCCGGUCGCCAUCAGCAGGAAGGAACUCAUGACCUCGAAAGUAGUCACGCUUUGGUACAGGCCGCCUGAACUUCUCUUUGGGGCAGACAGAUAUGGACAAGCUGUCGACAUGUGGAGCGUGGGCUGCAUCAUGGCAGAACUCUUGACAGGGUCUCCGCUGUUCCCAGGAGCGAACGAGAUCGAUCAGUUGAGUCGCAUUUUUUCCCUGCGAGGUACCCCGACGACGGCUGCUGCUCUUCUCGACGAGGAGCCUUCUUUGUGGCCGUUGGCUUCUUCACUCCCCUCUUUCUUCCCCUUUACACACACAAAGCCGAAGUCGCUGAAGAGCGUUCUGCCUUUCUGCUGCGCCGACAGUCUGGACUUGCUCGACAAGCUGCUGCAGCUCGACCCCUCAAAGAGAAUCACUGCAGCCGAGGCCCUCAACCAUCGGUGGUUUCAGCAGAACCCCAAGCCUUGCUCACCCAAAGACUUGCCUGUCCAUCUUCUCGGCAAAUUCUGACGCAGGAAAAGUAUACGUAAACGCAUGCAAGGAUGUGUCUGGAUCAUUUGGGCUGUGCGGCGGCUGCGUCACAGCAGCAGCAUCGAUUUCAGUGAACGGCCGGGGUUGUCGGAAUCAGAAAGAGACAUAAAACGGGAUAUUCUGCAAAUGAUUCAGGGCACUUCACGUCUGAAGAGGUUCAUCAUCCGAGGAAACAUUUUCGUCGUCGAUUCAGUUGUUGAGGAUCCGCAUUUCCGUGGAAACAGACAGAUGGGGUGCUGAACCCACCUCUCUGUUGGUAGGGCCGAGUUAGAUGUGCGUAGACACUCGGCACAGACGGGGAGACCAUUUCUUGUUCGUGCAGCGUUGCAAAGCGACUUACACGAGUUUCGUUUUUCUCGUGUUUUGCAGAGAGACGUCUCCAGUAGAGAUGUCUUACGAAUCUUUUUGAGCAUACAGGUAUUGGAAACCGUUCAGAUGGGCGUGGAACCUUGGGGUCACCGUACAGACGAUGUUUUCCCCAAGAGCUCCGUCGUCUCUCGAGGUGGCGACAUAUAAUGUUUUUUACUUGUUCAAGCCGUUUU